AUGACGAAGGUAAUGGCGGAGCGUCGUCGUCCCCGCCGGUCUGACGCAGGAACCCCCAAGGAGUUGAACGGGGCAGAUGAUGCCAUGCCCGAGUCACUCAGGGCAGGCGUGAUUGGCGAUACCUGCCAAUUUUCAAGUCAACUCGGAGCUGGGUCUGGAGAGCGUUGCGGGACGUUGGGCGAGGAUGGGCCGAGAAUCAGGUAG